GUCAAGUGAUUCGAUUGACGGUGCGGGAAGGAAAGUGAUAUCCCCGGCCGCCAUUCUGACUGACAUGUAUUUUUCAUUCCGGCCACUCUAGCUCGGCGGCCCACUUGGUCUGUCUGUCUGUCUGUCUGUCAGUAGUGGCUGCAUUCAUUUCAUGUAGGUGUGGAUGCGAUUCGCGUCGGUCCGUCGGUCGGUCUGUCUGUCUCUUCACAGGCCUGCCUGGCAGGAAGGAAACACAAACGGCUCCAACUAACUGUCUUGAUAUUUACAACUGGAGUGUGCCAUGCCACGGCACACACAGGACUGACUCUCAACACAACGAUCGACGGACGGACGGAUCGCUGAACAGCACACUGCACUGCACACCCACCCACCCACUGCCGUCGAUCUCCGUCAGUUGCUCAUUCACUCACUCACUCACUCAGGGGGCACUUCCACCUGCACACACAGCACACACACACGGGGUGUAUGUCCCUCUCCCUCUCCCUCUGUGUGUGCCUAGCUGCCUCGCUCAGCUCACCCCGUGUGUGAUGGCGUCGGUGAUCCACUUGAGCAGCUGGUAUCGGCUGCCGUACGCCGCGAUGCCAAGCUUCACACGAAGGUCGUCGUCCGAACAGCCCGCCAAACCCACCAAAGUGUCGCCACACAGCUCCUCCUAAAUAUGGUGAGUGACAUGCAGACACACCCGUUCACGAAGGUGCCUUCGUGUGUCUUUUGUUUGUUUCAUGCUGACUGACGCAUGUACCUUUCCGAUGAGCGAGGCAAGCCGUUGCAGUGUGUCGCUGGGAUGGUGUGUCAGGACACGCACCACCUCAGACACACUCAGCUGCCCCAGAGGGACCCUCACACCAAGCCCCCCACCAUUGCCACCGUGUCUGUCGGCGUUGGCAUCGCCACUGCAAACAGUGGGCGGUCGGUCGACCGCCAUCAUGUGCUGCUGCUGCUGCUGCUGCUCUUGCCGCGUCUGGACGUGUGGUUUCUUCUUCUUUGUCUUGAGUUUCUUGGGUGGGUGUGGCAUGCCGUGGUGGUCGUGUGGGAUUGGGGGGAUGGAGGGGGCGGGGGGAGCGCUCGCCACACGGGGCGAGGCAGAAGCAGAGAAACCAGCUGCACACAAUAGACAGACCAGGAGGAGUCGUGAGUGAGUGGUUAGGUGGGUGCCGUUAAGUUGGCAGCUCACAAGUGCUCACUCACAUACCUACCUACCUGUCUUUGGUCCAACGAGAUACUUGAGCACUCUGCUGCCGUCUCGCCGCUUGGUGAAUGUGCUGAGGUGGUGGUGGGGUGGGCCGUCAUGCACAACCUGACGCACCCAGUAGCUUAGAACGUUCAAGUCGUAGAAACCCCGACGACAGCACACUGCAACCGACCAACCAACCAGCCACUCACAACACACUCACCCCACCACCCGUCAGUCAAUCUGUGUGUGAGCGUGUGUACUGUACCAUCGCAGGAGACGUAGAAUGGCUCCCCUUCUGAGUCAGCGAAGGGUCCAACCGUCGCCACGACCGUGUUGCUCUUGCUGGUGUGGGGCAUGAAGGACGCCAUGGACUCCAGGCCGCGGAAGUCGGGGUUGACCAGGCACUGGUACAGGUAGGCCCGCUGGUAGUCGGGCAAGUGACCUGUAUAACCAGCCGGGACGGUGGCGAAACGUUUGGUGGCAUGGCGUGUGGUGUGCGGCGACGUGUGUGCUGUUCUCUUCAGUCAGCGCACCCACCGUGGUCGUUUUGCUCUUGCGUGACGUUGCGAUUGUCAAUGUGCGCGUUGUCGAUCUGCGCAUCUAGCAGCACACCUGCAGACAGACAGACAAUUGAGGGAGGGAAGGACGGAGGAUGGGAUGGCCUGCGGUAGCGAGAGGGAGUGAGUGUGUAGGGAGUUGUCUUGCUCACCCUCAUUACCCUUCAUCUCUUGCUUGCGUUUAGCCUGCCGCUCCAUACGCUCGAGCAGGCUGUGGCUCUCCUCAACAUCCAUAUCGUCAUCACCAUCACCAUCCUCACCUGCACACACACACACGCACACACACACACACAGAGGGAGACAGAGAGAGGUGAGGUGCACGUCAACACACGGACCAAACUGGUCAGCCCAUCGGCACCCACCUGAUCCAUCCGCACACACAUCGUCUUGGUCGGGUUGCUCGCCAUAGGCCCUCUUACGUGCCCGCCGCCUCUCGCCCCGCCUCAGCCCCUCUGACCUUCCCAGCGGCUGCUCGCCGCCCUUCACACGCAGGGCAGGUGACUCGUCGUCAUCGAACCACGGUGAGUGAGCAUCGUCCUCGGCCAUCUUCUUGGCGGCGUGCCGUGCUGCACACACACACACACACACUCGAGUCAAGCAGCAAAGCUCAUUGAUUCACUCAUUCAUUCAUCUCUGCACCUUCGCUAAGCCAUAGUUGUGGAGGCCCGUCUGCACAGUCCUCGAGGGUAAGCUCAAUCUGCUUGCGCCUCAUCGCCUUGAGCAGCACGUUAAACGCUCUCUCGAAGCGACUCAGAACCGCGUCAUAGGUGCAGUCCUGGUCGGUCAAGCCGCUCAGAUCCACCACGGCGGAUGCCGUUGACUCGCCAUGGGUGCAGAUGACCUCGAAUGAAUGGCCCAUCGCGACGCCUCUCGUCAGGGCAGAGGGGAUGCGGAGCAACUGACGAAGCGCAUGAGUUAUCUCCUUGCCUUUCUCGCGCACUCCUUCGGGCAGCCACUGCUUGUGGAAUCCACCGUCGGCCAGCGGCGGCUGCGCCAUUUUCCAGCCUGUUAACAU